AUGUCAUGGUUUGGAUCUAAUACCGUGUCUAUUGAUUCCCAAAUAGAAAAAGCUACAGAUGAAUCAAUCCCAUUUGGUGAAACUGAUUUAUCAACUUCAUUAGAAAUUACAGAUUUAAUUAGAAGUAAACAAGUAUUACCAAAAGAUGCAAUGAGAUCAUUGAAAAAAAGAUUAACUUCUAGUAAAAACCCAAACACUCAAUUAUCAACAUUACAUUUAAUUGAUACAUGUGUUAAAAAUGGUGGAUAUCAUUUCAUUGUGGAGAUAUCAACAAGAGAAUUUAUUGAUUCAAUAAAUUUAAUAAUUCGUGAUGAUGAAACAAAUGAAAAUGUUAGAGAUUUAGCAUUAGAUUUAAUUCAAAAUUGGUCAUUAGCUUUCAAAGAUAAUUUCCAAUUUAAAUAUUUGGGACAAAUUUAUGAAAAUUUACAAAAAUCUGGUUAUUCAUUUCCAACUGUUGGUAGUGAAAUUUCUACAAAAUUAUUUGAUUCAAAUGCACCACCAGAAUGGGAAGAUUCAGAUGCAUGUAUGAUUUGUUCUACAUUAUUUUCAAUGUUGAAUAGGAAACAUCAUUGUAGAAAUUGUGGUGGUGUAUUUUGUACAACUCAUUCUUCAAAAUUCUUGUCAUUAUCUCAUUUAGGUAUAAUUGAACCAGUUCGUGUUUGUGAUACAUGUUUUGAUGAAUUAGAUUCUAAAAAGAGUAAAGGUAAGAAAACAAGAAGAUCAAAACAUCAAAAAGAUGUUAGUCGUGCAAGAGCUCAAUAUGAUAGUGAUGAUGAUGAAGAUUUGAAAAAAGCAUUGGAGUUAAGUCUUCGAGAAAGUCAAGGUUUUACACAAGUUCCAAUCCCAGUUAUCCCAUCAAAACAAGAUCAAAAAUCAUCAUCACAACAACAAAAACAAACAUCAAAUGAAGAUGAAGAAGAUGAAGAUAUGAAAGCUGCAAUUGCGGCAAGUUUAAAAGAUUUAGAAGAUAAGAAACAAGCUUUAGAACAACAACAACAACAACAACAACAACAGCCACCACAAGAUAAUAGUCCAUAUGCUAAUUUAUUACCUCAAUCAUCAGGAUAUCAACAACAGCAACAACAUGUACAACAACAAGUUCAACAACCACCUCAAGACUUACCAAACUAUUUAACAUCUCAAGAUGAAUCAAAUAUUAUUCAAUUUAAUAAUAAAGUAUCAUAUUAUGAAUCAACACCAUAUGCACAAAAUGAUUUAAAUGAAUUACAUAAUUCAUAUAGACAAGUUAUACCUACAAUUCCUAAAAUUUCAUAUGAAUUAAAUAAUAGUAUAAAUAAAUAUGAUGAAUUUAUUGAUUUAAAUUCUAAAAUUGAUACAGUUAUGAGAUUAUAUAAUAAGAUGCUUGAUGAUAAAAUUGAAAAAGAGAAUAAUUUAACAAGAGCACCUGUUCCAGUACCAAGUGAUCCAUAUGGUUAUCAACAACAAUAUCAACAUUAUCCAUCUCAACAAUAUCAACAACAAUAUCAAUCUCAACAAUAUAAUCAACAACAAGGUUAUACACCAUUGAAUCAACAAUAUUCUGGACAAACACCACAAUUUGUUCAAUCACCAAGUUUGGAACGUCAACAAGUUGAAUUACAAAAACAAUCAUAUCAAUCACCAGUACAACAAUAUUUACAACCACAUUUACAACAAGUUCAAAGUUCACCUCAAUUACAACAACAAGCUCCACAAGUUCCUCAACAAGCACCACAACAAGCACCUCAGCCUAGAUAUGAAGAAUCCGUACCAUCCUACAAUGAAGCAUUGGAACAAGAACCACAAGAAUAUCAACCUCCACAAGAAGAAGAAGAAGAAGAAGAGGAAUUUUCAGCACCACCAUCACAAAUCCCUUAUGAGAAUAAAGUUGAAGAACCUAUACCACAACAUUUACCAUCUGAACCAUCAAUCCCAGUAUCACAACCACAACAAGUACAACAAAUACCAUCACAACAAGUACCAUCACAAGUACCAAAUGGAUAUAAAUAUCAACAAAAAGUUACAGAUUUUUCAUUCCCUACUGUGCCAUUGAAUAAACCACCUCAAGAAGAAACAAUCCAUGUUAAAGAAGAUAAGAAACCAAUUGUGGAAGAAACAUUGAUUGAAUUGUGA